AGCGGUCCGCGGUGACGUCACGCGCUGCCUUCUGUCCGCUGGCGCUGAGCGACACCGGGGGAAGAAAAAAAAAAAGUCACCCAAGAAACUACAGCGCGACUUUUCAGCAGCUGCGCCACUUCUGCGAAGCCGAACUCAGCGACGAUGGGCAACUGUCAACCCACCAUCGUGCCCUACGAGGACUUUGACGUCGUGGCCGACAUCAAGGGCAUCCGCAAGGCCUGCAAAGGCUUCGGAACCGACGAGCAGGCCAUCAUCGACAUCCUGGCCAAUCGCAGCGCAGAUCAGCGGGAGGAAAUCAAAAACGCCUAUUUUGAGAAGUACGACGAUGAGCUGGUGGACGUGUUGAAGAAAGAGUUGUCGGGGAACUUUGAGAACGCCAUCCUCGCCAUGCUGGACCCGCCCGUCGUCUUCGCGGUGAAGGAGCUGAGGAAGGCCAUGAAGGGGGCGGGCACCGACGAAGACGUCCUGGUGGAGAUCCUGUGCACCGCCACCAACGACCACAUCGCCAUGUUCAAGGAGUGCUACUUUCAAGUGCACGAGCGCGAUCUGGAAGCGGACAUCGAGGGAGACACGAGCGGCGACGUGAGAAACCUGCUCAUGGCUCUGUUGCAGGGCAACCGAGAUGAGAGCUACGAGGUGGACGAGGAGCUGGCUGAGCAAGAUGCUACCUGCCUCUUUGAGGCCGGCGAGGGGAGUUUGGGAACAGACGAGUCCACUUUCACCUUCAUCCUGGCCUCCAGAAAUUACCUGCAGCUGCAGGUCACCUUCAAGAUAUACGAGCAGCUCUCUGGAACCGAGAUCCUGGACACCAUCGAGAACGAGACUUCCGGGACGCUGAAGAAAUGCUACACCGCUCUUGUGAGAGUCGCCAAGAACCCUCAGCUGUACUUCGCCAGGCGUCUCCACGACGCCAUGAAGGGAGCGGGGACCGACGAGGACACCCUCAUCCGCAUCAUCGUGUGUCGCUCUGAGUACGACCUGGAGACCAUCAAGGACAUGUACCUGGAGAAAUACGACGUGUCCCUGAAGGAGGCCCUGAAGGGCGAGUGCGGCGGCGACUUCAAGCGCCUCCUCCUGGCGAUCUGCCACUGAGGGUCCGAGAGCGGGACAGAAACAUCAACCACGUCUGCGUUACCGUGGAUUCGGGCGGGCGCUCUUUUUAAACUUUUUUUCCACAGGUAUUAAUUAAUUACAACAUAAAUCCGCAUCGAACUGGACUGCCGGUCACUUACUGCCCGUUUCUUAGUCCAUUCGAGCUCCAGUUCGAAACAUUUACCAGCAUCUAAGUGUAAGUCUGAGUCACUGUUAACAAGCACCAAGACUUUUACAUUUCCAGCCCACUGAUCACUGCGUGGGGUCGGAUCAGGUGGCGCGAGCCUCGAUGGCGUAAUAACACUGUAAACGGGUUUGUACACUCUAGACAAAAAGUAAUCACACUCAUCUAACUAUUAAUCUGUUUUAGGUCAAUUAAUCCUUUGAGUUAUUUUCUAUAUCUUUCACCCUCCAUGCCCCAAACUCCGUAACUGUUUAAUUUCACUGCUGUUACAACUAAUGCAAUCAGUCCAUGUGGCUUGAAGUUUGUGCUUUCAAAUGAAGAAACAUGAACGUUUGAAUCGAAGGAAUCUCGAUCGAUGUGAAGAAGGUUGAGUAAUGUUAUAAGUGGAUGUUACAAGUUCUGAUUCGAGAGAAGGAGGAAAAACUUGACAAAUCCAAACACACCUCUCAUGGUUAUGAAUAUGUUUUUCUUUUGUAUUUUACGACUAACACAGUAGAGUUUUUAAUAUAUAUAUUAAUUAUAUUAUGUACCGUUUAGGCCAGUGGGUAAAAGAAAAACAUUUAACGUCUGGAUGAAGUCAUUUGUGUGUCUUCAUAAGGCAGCUGAGAUCUGUUAAAAGUACCACUACCAUGAGCAGCAAGCAACACGUAGCGCUGUGCGUGAGAGAGGCAACGAGGCCGAUGGUUGGAGUCGUUUUAUUUGUCUCUCUAUAGCCGAAGAAUGUUAAUCCCAUUGCAAAUAAAGUUACCUGUAACAUCACG